GCCUGGUUUCAUCGGCGGUUUCUGAUGUGCGAGCAGCGGUGCCUCCGUCCUGAGUUUCGCCAUUUCCCGCGUUUUUCGUUGAUGCAAGGUCCAGCCGUGCAGCGUUGUGGAUUCUCCGGCUCCUGUCGCAGGAUUUCGUGGGAGAAGUACAAAGUGCGUGAGGAGUCCUUCUGGUAAAAAUUUGACAGCCACUCCACUGUGUGAAAGCGGAUGACCAGAAAAAGCUGAUCAAUCGGCGUUGAGCUUCGGAGCCGGCACAUGCGGGUACACGUAACCGUUCGUCGUCGAGAAACAUGGAACUGCUCCCUUCAGGGGGAAGCACAAAGUCCAUGAGGAGUCCUUCUGGUAAAAAUUCGACAGCCACCCAGUGUGUGAAAGCGGAUGACCAGCGAAGCUGAUCAACCGGCGUUGAGCUUCGGAUGAUGCACCGGCACACGCGGGUACACGUAACCGUUCGUCAUCGAGAUACAUGGAACCGUCCCUCUAGGCCGUCUCCAAUAAAAUCAAUAGCCCUGGGUGCGGAGUAUCUGAGCCCUUGGUUGCCAGGAUAAUUGGCGGUACAACAAUAAAGAGGACACAAAGUCCCUGGAUGGUGCAACUGGAAGUGAACUACCGAUGGAAUGCCACUGCCUUCAUCAGCAUAUCUUGCGGUGGCAGCAUCAUAUCCCCAAGCUUCAUACUGACUGCUGCGCAUUGUGUUCAUUACGUGAACGCUAUUCCUAUUUCUGCAUGGGCCUUUUACAACACCACGGUAUCUGGUCAGGGCCCGUACGUGUGGGUUGAAGAUAUGAUCCAUCAUCCAAGGUUUCAGUGGACGACGUUCCGGAACGAUAUCGCCCUCGUCAAAGUGGAGAAACCGCUGAGUUUUGACGACCAUGUGAGGCCAGUUUGCCUGCCUAAAAAACGGAUGCACCUGGAAGGAAGAGAAGGCAUGGUUUCUGGCUGGGGCCUUACAGCAGAAAAUGGCACUGCAUCCCAUGCCUUAACGUACGUAUUUAAAAGGAUCCUGUCAACUAAAGAGUGCAAGUGGUUCUUGGGAUUACCUGAACAGAAAAAAGCUCUGAACAAGGACAAUAUAUUGUGCGCCAUGAUGCCCGGCAAAGGCAGCUGUCAAGGCGACUCGGGCGGCCCCCUUACAGUGAUGUCGAUGAAGAGACGAUCAGUGCAAGUCGGCAUCGUCUCCUAUGGCAAGGGAUGUGGUAGGUCUAAUGAGCCGGGUAUAUACGUGCGUGUCGAUAACUACAUGAGCUGGAUACGGCAGAGGAUGCGGAGCUCAAGAAGCCCUCGCUGGCGGCUGCCAACGGUGACAGAAAUGUUAAGUAAAUAUGUGAUUUCGCUAGGCUGACAAUAUAGCCAAUUCCUGAAGAUAACAUUCUGCUUCCGUGCACUUUGUUUGUUGUUACGCUUGGAGUGAAACCAAGGGUUUACACCGUGUCUAGCACCACUUCAUUCUGAAACUUCGUAUCCUGCACACAGACGUGCCGUCUUCGGUAAGUCGUCACACAUUGAAGCAACCAUAUUGGCCCCAACAAAAAAAUGAAAACUACUUCGAAGAUGUAUACCUAUCGGUACAGCUCAUACUUCAAUGACAGCGAAGCUGGAUCUGCAAUUCUCACACCCUCCGGAACUAUUACAAUAAUGUUUUCCCCUGCCGAAAGAUCUGCGCAGACCUUUGAGUAUGCUUCACUAGAUCAGGUGCCAUUCUUUUGCUCUACCCCAGCAUUUCUACAUGUUCCACAACAUCUUUCCCUUACCAUUACAUAAAAAUGCAGUAGGCCAUGAAUGCAUUUGUACGAACGAAUAAUAUACUUAUU